GGUUGCAUAAUAACUCGUUGCGCGUAAUUGCACAAGAUAGCAACCCACAAUUCAGCUUGUCGUCUCUCCGGCCAUAACUGCUCUCUCUCUCUCUCUCUCUCUCAAAUUCAUUUCGAUCGAAGCUAGAAGAAUCGCGAACUCGAGAGCUUGUUUUUACCGCUGCUGUACAUUGGAUUGCUGCAAGAACACUAUGUCAGGCAAGGAGGAAGAUGUCAAAGAGCAUGAAGGUGUGGAUGAAGAUGUCCCAGAGGACUCUGAAAAGGCCAUGCCAUCACCCCAACAGGAGGAGGAAGCUGUUAAGAGCAAGUAUGGGGGAAUAAUGCCCAAGAAACCACCACUUAUUUCUAAGGACCAUGAACGUGCUUACUUUGACUCUGCUGAUUGGGCUCUGGGGAAGCAAGGUGGAGAGAAGCCCAAAGGACCACUCAAGGCACUUCAACCUAAACUGCAGCCAACACAACAGCAAACCCGAUACCGGAAAUCGCCUUGUGGUCCGUCAGAUGGUGAAGGAGAGAACACUCCAUCAGAGGAUGCAGCUGCAAAUGAAUGAGAGGCCACUGUUGGUCUUUUGAUGUUGUGAGAACUAUUGGUUCGUAUUCUAAUAUCUGAAUAGGCGACCACUAAAUUUCUGUUAUUUCAAUAAAAGUGGCAAAUAUGUUUCAAUGUUUGCUAAGAGAAAAGGAAAACACUUGCUGUCUGUAGCUCUGUGACUGUACUUUGGAGAGUUGAAGCUUUUUGUCCCUUUCCUUAUUGAAGCGGAACAUAUUUCUUUCGGAUUAUGAGUGAAGAACUUACAGAUGAGAUUCAACAUUUUUUUUGGUCUCAACUGGUUGGUUGUCUUCUAGGAAUCGAAUAUAAAAUUUUUUUUUUGGUGAAUUUAGAAAAAUGAUAUUUGAACUCUACGUUUGUCCUCUCAUUCUUUGUCUUUUCACUCAGUAUCAAGAGCUUGUUUAUAGCAUUGUAGAUAUUUACCUA